GGGGUAUAAACGCCAUCUUGAAUUAAAAAAUGUUGUUUUUUUCGGAAUUUCACCGUAUUAGCAUUACAAAAGCCAUUUGUUUUGAUGUUGUAGAUAAUUUUCGCUUAAAAUCAGACAUUCAAAAAUGUUAAUUGUGUUUAUCCAGACGAAUUAAUCAUUAAAUUAGGAAAAUAAAAAUUAAAUUUUACAACGUGAAAUUAAAAGCCCGAAAUCAAUCGAGUAUAUAAGGAGAUUAAUUUAUCGCAAACCGCAUUAAAUAAAACAUCGAAAAUGAAAUAUCUUUUGGUACUUUUUGGUUUGAUUGCUGCAUCAAGCGCAACUCAUCCAGCCACUGAAACAUGCAAAAACAAGAUCGCUGCUUGUCUCGAAUCAGGCCCCAUAAUUCUACUUCCCGAUAUUAUUAUCCAAAGCAACAUUAACUUGCUCGGAAUGGUUGUUAUCGAAGUUUCCAUUGAAGUUGAUUUUUCUCCAAUCGCUGCUUUGGUCAGACUUGGUACGGAAUUAUCUUACAACGAAACAUCUUCCGGUGGAGUUGUAACCGCGUCAAUCAGCAUCGGAGUUGCUGUUGGCAUCGAUUUGAACUUAAACGCGGAGAUCAUCGUAAAACUUUUAGGUUUGAUUCAAAUCGGUGUUGGAUCUUGCGUUAUUACCAUCGUUGAUCUUGAUAUCACCAUAAAUGUGAUAGCUACUUUCGCGGAUGGUGACGCGGCCAACUGCAAGAUGAAGCAAAUUACGGUUGAUUGUAACAAAUCGAGUUGUAUUGUUUCCAAUUCGGGUAAUGCCAAUGUUGAUUUAGCAAUGGGAAAUUCCAAAAAUAAUAUUUGCAACUUAUCGUACGAUUAUUUCGAAGACGCCCUUCAAAAUAUUCUUGAUAAUUGCGUUGAAGUUUAA